UUAUGGCUAGAGAAGCCAAGUUGGUACGACUUCGCAGCACCUUCAAGCUUUGUAACGCGUAGUAAAAGCAAAGGAGUCAAGUCUUUUAAAUAGUCUCCACUCCUGUGGCCGCUCAAAAAUGUCUGAAGCUGAACACCCCAAUAUGCUCUUGCCUCCUGGAAAAAUUAUCUCUCACACUAAUUGCACCAUUCCGAACAAUGCUGCUCGACCAUUAUCCGUCAUGGUUCUCGGAAAGCCAGGGGAAGGCAAAAGCAGUCUUCUAAAUGGCAUACUGGGAGAACAAGCUUUUCAAGCCAAACUCUCUGUUGCUCAAGAAGUAACUAAACAUGUUAGCUGUAAAGAAGGCUUUUGGCUUGGAGGAGAAACAGAUAUUCCAAUACGAUGCAUCGAUACCCCUCCAAUAUCAGGACGACUAGACGAUACGAGCAGAAUAUCAAAAGAAUGCGAACGAAUGCUCGAGAUGACUUUGCCUGGUAUCGAUGCCUUUUUAGUCGUCAUUAAAAUGACUCGCUACCGAUUUGAUGCCAGUCUUGAAUCUACGUUACGAGUAUAUGAAUCCAUGUUCUCUCGAAGGUUCUGGGAAAAUGUCAUCCUCGUGUUUAGUCACGCCGAUCUCGAGAGCGUUUUUGAUUCAGAUGAUGAACCACCACCGGGAGAAGCGUAUGCCAAAUCUAUUGCUACAGCAUUUAAUUUACCACAUCCGAUACCAUAUUGCUAUGCGUCAAUUGGUCGGAACCGAGGCCGUCGCUUAGCCGCGGACACUCGAACCAUGGACGACAUGAGAAAGCAAACCCAGGCUGAUUACAUGGAUACACUUUUGGAGUUGAUCCAGAGUCAUGAACAAAUGCCUUAUACCCCGUCGCAUUUCCAUGAUUAUGUCCAAAUCCACGGCGGCCUGCCUCUGGAUUAUACCGCCAGCGUUGUACUACCUCGUGCUCAGCAAGCUGAAAGGCUGAUCAUGAACCGAAAAGACUCUCUUACGUCUCCACGCUUACUACAUACUUAUUCCAACCCUCACGAACAGCGAAGCGCCUCACUAUCCCACUUACCUGAUUAUUCGCGAUCCAAUCGAGAGCCUCCCAUGAUGCGUCGAGAUGCUGCCAAACGAGGACGACCACCAUCUACGUAUUCAUGGGCCAGUUCAAAAAAUGAUUUACCACCGUCUGAUGAAUCCAAAUGCAUAAUUUCAUAAUACCCCCCCUCCUUCCACCUUACAAUUCUUGAACUUAUCAUCACCGAAAUUCUAUUUGUACUCUAGUUCCAUAAUUAUGUAUCAUAAAAUAAUGCCAACCGAAAUAUGACUAUGGAAUGGAUGGGACUAAAAAAAAAAAAUAUGGGGAAGUUUGUCUCUUUACCA